AUGUCGCUUGGUGGUGAAGACGGGGCAGAUGCGCCAGGCGUUGCGCGCCGCGAGUAUGAAGUACUUAAGCAGCGCGUGGACCUCGACUUGGACUUUCCCAACCGCAGCCUGAAAGGAAGCACGGAAAUCACACUGCAGCCUCUGGUUCGGGACUUGCGCACCAUUCGACUUCACUGUCGACAAUGUCGCCCUUCAUCCGUCCAGAUUGGCGGGAUCGCAUCAAAGUUUGAGCAUAACGAUCCGUACCGAAGGAGCACGCGAUUGGAAAGAGCAACGGUGAACCAGCAUGGGAUGCUCAAAGGGAGGAUGGAAGGUUCUUUGAAGCCUGCGCCAGAGCCGACAUUGGACAUCCAACUGCCGCCCAAGUUGAAGAUUCAAGAGCUUCAUGUCGACCCAGCGACUUCCCUACCACUGUACAAUGGCACACCGAGUCUUCAGAGGCCAGAGUCAGAUGCGAUGGCACUUGUGGAGACUCCGAUCGUGCAGAGCACACCUUCGCUGGUUCCUCAAUUCGCGCCUAUCAAGAUCACCAUCGAAUUUGAGGUUCCGAGCUUCCGAGAUGGCAUUCACUGGGUGGGCUGCAUGGACAACGAUAAGAGAUAUCCAUACAUGUACACGAAGCUGGAACCGUUGGCUGGCAACACGUCUUGCAUAUUUCCUUGCAUUGACGAUGCGACUUCUCGCUGCACGUGGGACAUUGCGAUUCGAUGCCCGCGCACGUUGGGAGACGCUUUCCGGACACCAAAGGAUGAGACGGUCAAUGCGGAACCUGCCCCGAAUGGUGAUGUUGAGAUGGACGAUGCAGCACUGGAGCUCACAGUGCUCUGCGUUGGCGAGAUGUCAGACGAUGUCGCGGACACCGAGGAUGAGACGAGACAUACCGUCACAUUCUCCUUGAACGAUGCGGUCACUGCGCGGCAUGUUGGCCUCGCCGUCGGUCCUUUCGAGCACGUUGAUUUGACAUCGUUUCGUGCCACUGAAGACGAGACGCGACUGGGCCAGACUGCGGUCAAGAUCGACGGCUAUUGCCUACCAGGCCGAUCGGAGGAGGUGGAGAACACCUGUUUCCCGAUUCACCUGGCUGCGGACCACAUGAGCGUCAACUAUGGAAGGUUUCCGUUCGCCAGCUACCAAUUCCUCUUUGUGGACGACCUCAUUCACGACACUACAGCCGCGGCAGGUCUGACUAUCUGUAGCAACAAUCUGCUAUUCAAGCAGGACAUCAUCGAGCCUCUGGAUAGAAAUACCCGCAUUCUUGUUCGUGCAGUGGCAGAGCAGUGGAGUGGAGUGAACAUCGUGCCGAAGGAGCCUACAGACGCUUGGGUGAUUGCAGGAAUCGCCGGCUACAUGACCGACGUUUUCAUGAAGAAGUUGGCUGGCAAUAAUCAAUAUCGCUGGGAGCAGAAGAUCGCUUCCGAAAAGGUUUACGAUCUUGACGUUGAUCGUCCUUCAAUACAGCAGCUCGGAUCGCUGUUGCAUCUCGACGCGUCCAUUCCUGAGUUUCUGAACCUCAAGUCUGCCCUGGUGCUUGGCAUCCUCGAUCGCCGGCUCAUCAAGUCUAGUGGAUCUACCGGCGUUACCAGGAUCAUCAACAAGAUAUUCCUCAAUGCUAAGACCGGCAGUCUUGUCAAUGGCGAGCUAUCGACCCAGGACUUCCAACGGACAUGCGAACGUCUCGGCCACAACAAGCUUGAAUCGUUCUUCCGGCAGUGGGUCGGGGGAGCUGGAUGUCCAAUCUUCUACGUCACGCAGCGCUUUAACAAGAAGAAGCUUGUCGUCGAGAUGACAAUUGUGCAAAGGCAGCUUGAGCGAAAGACCAAGCCGCCGUUCGAGCCUUCGAAUUUCAUGCGCGAAAUCAAGGAGCAUGUGAACGAGGUCUACAUGGCAGGAACGCAGAAUGUCUUCACCGGACCAAUGACGAUUCGUAUCCACGAAGCGGAUGGCACACCCUACGAGCACAUUGUGGAAAUCAAGGAGCCCAUCACCAAGCUCGAGAUCCCAUACAACACUAAGUACAAGCGAUUGAAGAGGUCACGACGUCAGAAGGAGCGCGCCGCAGCAGAGGGCAACCCCGCUGGAGAGGGCGAGGAAGCUUUGCUGUACUGCUUGGGCGACAUCCUCGACACUCCGGAGGACAUCCAAGAAUGGGAGCUACGGGACUGGACCGCCGAAGAUGAAGACAAGAUGGGCCAAGAAAGCUACGAGUGGAUUCGGAUGGACGCCGACUUUGAAUGGAUCGGCAAGAUCCAUCUGGUCCUGCCACUUUACAUGUACGUCUCGCAGUUGCAGCAGGAUAGAGACUUGGUGGCGCAACACGAGUCGAUGCGAUAUAUCCUCGGAUCGAACCCUCAUCACACCUCGCUCUCGAUCCUCCUACGGACCCUCAUGGAUCAUCGCUAUUUCUACGGCAUUCGGGUCAUGGCAGCGGAAGGCCUGGCUGUUCUUGCAAAGGACGACUUCACCCGCAUUGGUCAAAAACAUCUCACCAAGGCCUUUGAGCAUCUCUUCUGUGACGAGGACUCUGUCAUGCCGCGUCCGAACGACUUCUCCAAUCGAGUGACAUUUAUCAUGCAGUGUGCCAUUCCGCAAGCAAUGGCCAGGCUACGGGACGCGGACGGCAAAGUUCCAAGAGCUGUGCAGCAGUUCUUCGUGGACAAGCUAAAGUUUAAUGACAACUCGGACAAUGAGUUCUCAGACUGCCACUAUGUCUCCACCUUGAUGACAUGCUUGACGGAUUCGCUUGUGGCUUCCCAUCGAGAGGUGAAGCCUGUCUAUCAAUUUGACUUUGGAGAGGAUGAGCCGCUGGAGCCCGAGAAUCCGGAUGCCGAGUUUGAAGCAUUGGCUGUCGGCGUCAUCGAACGAUACCGUCGCAUCGACGAAUGGGUAUUGACCUAUCAGAAUGUCUAUUCCACCACUGCCAUCGAGUGCCUGCAGAAAUUGACAAAUGCUGGCAUCGUCAAGGACAAGUCGAAAGAGCUGCUGCAAUACACACGACCUAGCACCGCACCGAAUGUGCGCCUGCAGGCUUUCCGCUGCUUGAUAGAGAUGGGUGUGGGCCGAAAGAUGUCCAUGAUCAGACACAUUCUUCAUAAUAUUGUCAAUGACCACUCGCCUCACUUCCGCGAUCGGCUGAUGAGGCACUUUGGCGAGGCACUGGGACACAUCGCGCUGGACGACGACGCCGACGCUGCAAAAGAACCACCGCCGCCCGUGGACGGUUUGGUUCUAGAGCAGGAAGCGGGCGAUGCCAACGAACUCCGUCGGAUCGAGGCCACUCGGCGGACCGGCCCUGAAGGCGCCAUUGAGAAACUGAAAGCGGUUCUGCUCCACGAUGAGACCUUCAAGAAAGCUCUCUGGUAUGCUGCAACGUCCCCCGACAUCUCGAUUGAUGAAGUUGCCGGCUUCUGCGAUGUCGCUGCAUUGAUAUACGAGGCUGUCACAUCGCACACUGUUAUUGCGAAGCUACCUCGACCGUAUCGGGCAGUCCACGAGGGCAAAGGCAAGUUGCGCUUCUCUCAACAUGGGUCUGUGUUCCGCACC